UGCACACAGACAGCAACAAUAGCAGCAGGGAUAGCUAGCGUCACACACUACCCUGCGCUUCUCUGUACGGUCGACACAACAUAGCCAGCUAGCUGUUGUUUAUAUUUUAAAUAAAGAUGUCGACCACGACCGGCGGUGGAGAGUUUGGUAACCCCCUGCGUAAAUUCAAGCUCGUAUUCUUAGGCGAGCAGAGUGUGGGAAAGACUUCUCUCAUCACUCGGUUUAUGUAUGACAGCUUUGACAAUACCUAUCAGGCAACAAUUGGCAUUGACUUCUUAUCGAAAACCAUGUACCUGGAGGAUCGUACGGUCCGUCUCCAGCUCUGGGAUACGGCUGGACAGGAGCGUUUCCGCAGCCUCAUUCCCAGCUACAUCCGAGACUCCACCAUCGCUGUGGUGGUUUAUGACAUCACCAAUUUGAAUUCAUUCCAACAAACCUCAAAGUGGAUUGAUGAUGUCAGAACAGAGAGGGGAAGUGAUGUCAUCAUCAUGCUUGUUGGGAACAAAACCGAUUUGGCUGAUAAAAGACAGAUCACCACAGAGGAGGGCGAGCAGAGAGCUAAGGAACUGAAUGUCAUGUUCAUUGAAACCAGCGCAAAGACUGGCUACAAUGUGAAACAGCUGUUUCGCCGUGUGGCUGCGGCCUUGCCCGGGAUGGACAGUACACCAGAGAAGAGCAAAGAGGAUAUGAUCGACAUCAAACUAGAGAAACCACCGGAGAUGGCUGUGACUGAGAGCAGCUGCUCCUGCUAGUAAACGCACCCCACUCCCACCUGACCUGCCUCCUCCCCACCAACAGCUUGUCUCUCAGUGGCCACUCUCCCCACCCAUGGCUCACUGCCAUCGGGCCGGAAGACCUAUCUUUUCCCCUUUUUGACUCAGUGACUUUUCGGAGUAACCGUGUGGAUGUGCUAUUACUCUGUAUUUAAAUGGAUAAGUCUGAUGGAAAAUGAAAGGAAAAAAAAAAUGAACUAAAAAAUGAUUACAUUUAAAAGUUAUAGUUAAAAAUACAGGAUAAUUUAAAUGCUGAUACAAAAUUUUCAUCCAACUGCAUGGCAUCAUAUAGGAUUGCAGACUGACAAAUAACGGCUUUGAGUUAUUAUUGCACUUUUUGGAGCAUCAGUGCUGUCACACACGUCAAUGUUGUACAGUAACUCCGUUUGAGGUUAUGUCAAGUAGAACACGUGGUCAAGGCUUUAGUCCCUUGAUUCAUUGCUUUUGCUUCCAGUGGAGAGUAUGGAAGUAGGGAAAACUAGAGUAUUGACAAUUAUCUGUUACUGAGAACCCCCUUCUUUAGUAUUCUUUGUUCCAAAAACGAGUUUGCAUUUUAAGUCCACAACUUUUUUUAUUAUAACUUCUCUCAACGUAUCAAACACGGUUAAUGGGACCAUAAAUAAGGGACGUUAUUUUCAGGACAUUUGAAGGCAUGAACAGCCAAAGACCUACCUUUUAGUGAGUUAAAACGUGUGCAGAUCAUGAAGACCAGCAUGUUUUCAAUUCUCUCUAAUGGGGGAAUUCUGCUAAAACAAUUGCAUAGCCAACCAAUAUGGAAAGCGUGUUGUCAGAAAAGGAAAAGUAUUCCAAAUUAAUUAUAACAUCGAGGGGAAAAAAUUUGCAAACUAUUUAUGUACACUUUAAAACUAUAGCAACUAUGUCACAGCCACUUUCCUUCUCAGCUGCACACUAACACAUCUGGGGAUAUAAUGUAUGUAGAGGAGCCUUCAGAUGGAUAGAGCUGACAACUUAUGUUUAACUUGUCCAGUGACCCAUAUGGCUCUUCAGAACCACCCCCCAUAGGUAUAUUGUAGAUCUAUUGUUGUCUUGUUUUCAUCACACUAUUGCAGGAAUAGCAUGGUCAUCAUGCAAGAUAUCUAGACGGUUAAUUAAGAACACAGAUGCCUUGCUGGUUUGUUCACCAACGUUGUGCACUGAAUCAAGCCACAAUAUUGUAAAGAUUGAGGCCGGCUGACAAGUGUCUGGCUGACAAGUGUCUGGCUUCACUAGUUGUUUAGUAGAGCAGGUAGGUAGUCCCCAGAUGCAGCUAAUGCUUACUAACACCCUUGCUGUAAAAAGUGCAGUGAAGUUAAGACUUAAAUGCUACUGCCUGUGCAGGACUUGGUUUUUAUGUGUUUAUUUAUUUUAACACAAGCAAACGUGAAUAACUUUGUAGGCUUAACCAAAAUUUCAGUUGCAGGCACGCACAACGGAGGCUGGUGUUUUAUUUAUUUUGUGUCUGUUUGGAUGCUGUACCUGAAAGCAAACGCAAGCCUCAGUUAUUUUGGCUUUUAGCACUAUGGGCCUGUGUGCACAUUAGCUAGAUGCUGUGUGUUUCGUCGGUGGAUUGGUUUAGUCAGGCAACAGCUUCACUGCACCCCUUUCAUCUUUUGACACAAAUAACACGUGGUCACAUACAAACUAGCCAUAAAUUACUCAUAUAGACCCCACACUAAGCCUACUUUCGUUGUAUCUUAUUUUGGUGACUAUAAACAUUUUGAAAUAAUUUAAGUGUUGAUAGUUAAGUAGGCCUAUUAAUUACAUUGAAGAACCGUAUUUACCGUAACAGCUCUUCUAUUGUCACUGACUGAAUACUCAGCUCUGCUAUUCUGAAGUGUGUCUAUUUGAAAUAUGCUGUCUACUAGUGUUUAGCAACGUUUGUGUGAAUAAUGUACUACUAUUACUAUCUGCUGUAUAAAAAGGAGAGUUAAAGGAACACCGAAGUGUAUCACAUGAAACAAAAUAAAGAUAUUUCACCAAGACUGUC